AUGUUGCAUAGCGUCGUUAGGAUCCCGUUAGCGAACUAUUUACGUUGCUACACAUCCACGAACCUUCGCAAAGUUCCUCGUACCGGCGGUGCGAACAGUUGCUUCGUAGGUGCCCAUCACCUGGCAGUUGACUGUUGCCAUUUUUCUACGACCCACUCGCUGCAACUGCAUCAAAUUCCUUCACCGACGUCGUCCCCACGGCGUCAGCAAUCGCAUCCCUUAUCGACGAGUGGCAACACGCAAGUACGUGCCUGUUCGAACCAUUCGAAGGGAACAGCGGGAGGCAGCAUGGACGCUAAAUCAAGCGGUGGCAGCGUUGCCUUGGGUGACAAAAAGGAACCGAAAUUUACGAACCGCCUGAAGCAGGAAAAAUCACCGUACCUUCUGCAGCACGCGCACAAUCCCGUCGAAUGGUACCCGUGGGGUGACGAAGCAAUCCAGCGAGCACGGGCCGAGAAUAAGCUCAUUUUCCUCUCGGUGGGCUACAGCACCUGCCACUGGUGUCACGUGAUGGAGAAGGAAUCCUUCGAGAAUGAGGAGGUGGCCAAGAUAAUGAACGAACACUUCAUCAACAUCAAGGUGGACCGGGAGGAGCGGCCGGACAUUGAUAAACUUUACAUGAUGUUCAUACUUCUAAUCAACGGUUCUGGCGGAUGGCCGAUGUCGGUGUGGCUCACGCCGGACCUGGCUCCGGUCACCGGAGGGACAUACUUUCCUCCAAUGGAUCGCUGGGGAAUGCCCGGUUUUACGACGGUGCUCACGAAGCUGGCAAACAAGUGGUCCACCGACAAGGAGAAUCUCGUUACAACGGGCCGCUCCGUGAUUGAGGCAAUCCGGCGCAACGUCGAUCAGAAGCGCAUGGACGAGGUGGAAGACGUUACGAACAUCGAAACACUGGAGGCGAAGUUCAAACAGGCGGUAAACAUCUACCAGCGGAACUACGAUCCGGUAUGGGGCGGUUCGCUUGGAGUACCGAAGUUUCCCGAGGCUUCGAAACUAAAUCUGAUGUUUCACCUGCACGUACAAGAGCCGAAACAUAAGAUACUGGGAGUGGUGCUGAAUACGCUCGAUAAGAUGGCCGCCGGUGGUAUUUACGACCACGUGUUCGGUGGAUUCGCUCGCUAUUCGGUGGACAAGAAGUGGCACGUGCCGCACUUCGAAAAAAUGCUGUACGAUCAGGGUCAACUGUUGUCCCUGUACGCGAACGGAUACCGGUUGACACGCAAGCCGAGCUAUUUAACCGUUGCGGAUGCAACUUACCGAUACCUCUGCAAGGACCUGCGACACCCUGCGGGAGGAUUCUACAGCGGUGAGGAUGCCGACUCGCUGCCAACGGCUGAAAGCGAGGAAAAAAUCGAGGGUGCCUUCUACGCAUGGACGUACGAUGAGAUAAAGGAAAUUCUGCAGCAGAAUGUGGCGAAGUUUGGUGAGCUGGGCUCGGUUGAUCCGGUGGCCGUGUUUGCCGACCACUACGACGUGCAGGAAACGGGCAAUGUGGAACCGAGCAGCGAUCCGCACGGACACUUGCUCGGCAAAAACAUCCUCAUCGUGUACGGAUCAGUGCGAGAAACGGCAGAAAAGUACGAAACGACUCCGGAGCUGGUGGAGCGAGUGCUGAAGGUCGGCAACGAACUGCUGCAUGAAGUGCGCGACAAGCGACCGCGGCCUCACCUGGACACGAAGAUCAUUUGCGCUUGGAACGGGCUCGUACUGUCCGGUUUGGCGCAGCUGGCUUGUGUGAAGGACGCGCCGGCAAGAAGCGAGUACCUUGCCACCGCCGCCGAGCUCGUGAAGUUUAUCCGCGCGCACUUGUACGAUGUCCAAGCCAGGAAGCUGUUGCGAUCGUGCUACGGUGGUGGAGAAGAUGAGUCUUUGGCUUCAGAGCGUCCUAUCUAUGGGUUUAUAGAUGAUUAUGCCUUCCUGAUCAGAGGACUGAUCGAUUACUACGUGGCCUCAUUGGAUGAGCACGCGCUGCACUGGGCGAAGGAGCUGCAAGACAUACAAGACGAGCUGUUCUGGGAUCCGAAAAAUGGUGCCUACUUCUACUCGGAAGCUAAUUCCCCGAAUGUGGCCGUUCGACUGAAAGAAGAUCACGACGGAGCGGAACCGUGCGGCAACAGUGUAGCGGCGCACAAUCUCCUGCUGCUCAGCGACUAUUUCGAAGAGGAGCGACUGAAGGAGAAAGCCCGCACACUGUUCGACUUCUUCGCACACACAACCCCGUUCGGUUACGUGCUGCCCGAGAUGAUGUCGGCCGCGUUGCUCGAAGAACAGGGCCGCAACACGCUCAUCGUGGUCGGCCCGGAAGGCCAGGAAGCCACCGCACUCGUCGAUUCCGUGCGAGAGUUCUACGUGCCGGGGAUGAUCAUCGUACCGCUGAAGAUCGACCAGCCGGCUCACAUCGAGCGGCGGCGCAAAUCGCUCGAUAACUUUAAGAUGGUGAAAAACAUGCCGACGGCGUACAUCUGCCACAACAAGGUGUGCCACCUGCCGGUAACGGAACCGGAACGCCUGACGGAGGAAUUCCAGCCGCGGUACACGUUCGACUAUCUCGAGUACGAGAACUGAUUCUUCGAGGCCUAAGGUUUUCCACGCGAACAGCAUCCCCAGGCAUCGUGCGAUCGUUCGGGAGGAUUCGCUGCCAACGAAGCUGGCGGCGUCUGACCGGAAGGUGCGCUAAACGCAUGGGGAGUGUCGAUGGAGGACUGGCGGCCGCAAAGGAUGUUGCAAUGCAGGAAACCGCGGAAUAUGACACUACGGACGAACGAAUGGGCAAGAGCAGGGGCAAGCAUUAGUAUGUAAGGCAAUUUGUGAUGAAACGCGAGUUCGAUAUCAAAUACGAAAUCACGGAAGACGGUCAGCGAACGAUGCGAAGUGAGAGCAGGUUUUCAUGUAUUCGCUGAUAUUUUCAAAUUCUCCACAACGCCGGUUAUUGUUCUUCGUUAAAGCGAUGGUUUUUUAAACUAUAAAUUUCGCACUCCGUUACUCCCGGCCCCCUGCAAGAAAAGUUUGUUGAUCGCUUGUUUCUAUUAGGUCCUCUUUUUUGUUGAAUAAUUUAUUUCUUUUUCUCGCGUACUACCUUAUCGUAGCAUCGUAUGUUUAGCAGGAGACGUGUAAACCACUUAUCGCUGUGGGGCAGUUUCGUUUUUGUAAAGGUCAGCAAAGAAAAUUACGGUCGUCGUUGACGAAUCAAAGCGGGUAGAAUGAUAUUUAACUGCACGAAAUAAACAAACACAAACGUGUGUGUGUGUAUCGAAACGAAGGAAUACAGAAACCGAACAUAAUCCUAUGGGUAGCGAAUCGGAUCGCAUCGAAUCGAAUUUCUUUUAUAGAGCCACAAAGUUGAGCUAGCAGACGCCGCACCGAACGCUACCGAUUGACGGAUAAGCGUAGAAUAUUUGACGGGUUUAAGGUAGCGCAUUGCUCGAGAAGUUAUCGUUUUAAAAAUACGCACGCCUCCCCUAAAUAUCGCACCGUUCGAAGUGCAAACUAGUGAUUUUAAUCCUUUAUGAACGCAGAAUGGAAUUUAAAUAAUCUCUUUAGAACCAAGCACAACCCAACGUGAUGAAACGCAAUGACACUUUUAACUGUUUUACGAUCUUUAAAUAGAACCUUACAUGUAUUUGAUGAGAAAAGGAAUAAUUUUAUAACAAAAUAUAGUGACAACGCAACUUGUGUGGCAAAUUUUUAAAAACCAACAUUAAAAGUUUUAGAACGUUUACUAGCGUCGCUUUGGCAAAACCCCCCAGUAGUAGAGGGACGGCUUGGUGCGGAAUCGAAAUUGUUACCAAAAGCUGCAGUAGAAGGCACAUUUAGGACGUGCAGCUCGAACAAUAUGAUAUCGUUUUAUCGGCAAAACUCCAGUCAACGCCAUCACAUUUGAUAUUCUAAACCUUUAGAUAAGCGAACACUCGCUCCAGUUUGAAGCUAGUUUUAUCAAUUCCUAUUUAUAUCGUGCAGCAGCAUGGAUACUCCUACGAUUAAAGUACCGAAUAAACGUUGUUUAACACGA